AUGAAGUUGAUAGUUUGGAAUAGCAGAGGCUUAGGUUACGCUAAGUUUCGAAGAACAGUGAGAGAGUUGGUGAAAGAUAAUAAACCAGAUGUUCUUUGCUUAAUUGAAACAAAAUCUGAUGAGACUGUGGUGAAGAAUUUGGCGUUGAAGCUUAAGUUUUCCUCUUCCUUUACCGUUCCAGCGCAUGGUAUGGCUGGUGGCCUUGCUUUAUUUUGGAAUGCAGAGAAAAUUGAUGUAGAUGUUCUAGGUAACAUGCCUUUCCGUUUGGAAACUGCUUGGUUAUCACAUUCGGAGUUCAAUUCGAUGUUUUUGUCGACUUGGGGGAAGAGGAAUGGCAACUUAAUUAAGGCAAUUGAGGAAGUUACCAGGGAUGUUCAGGUUUGGAAGAAGGAUGUCUUUGGUAGUAUUAAAAAAUACAAGAGAAUUCUUUUGGCAAGAAUUCAGGGUGAAGAGCAAGCUAGUGUGACACACGACCUUAAGAUGGUGGAGGUGCGAAAUGCAAUGUUCUCCAUGAAGGGUCUCAAGGCACUAGGUGUUGAUGGAAUUCAGCCAAUCUUUUAUCAAAGGAACUGGGAUGUGGUUAAAUACACACUUUUUAAGUUUGUAGAAGAGGCUUUGCAGGCUGGGAAUGUGGAUUUGGAUGUUUUGAAGGCAUAUGGUGCUUAUUCCGAAAGGGAAGUGUUGCUUUUUUAUGAUAUUCCUUUGAGUUUGGUGGAUUUAAUUAUGUUUUGUAUCUCUAAUAUGGACCUUGCAGUGAUUUCGGUGGUUAGAGAUGCUUUGAAGGAAAUUUUCUUAGGCUUCGGGUCUUCAGGGGCAUAUCUCGGAGUCCCAAUAAUACAUGGGAGGUUGACGGAAGCAACCUAUGGCCACAUUGUUGACAAGCGUAAUAGAAAUUUCUUAUGGGGAGAUAGUGUAGAAAAAUCCCAUGGGCAUCUUGUAAGCUGGGAUAGAGUAUAUCGACCGAAGGGGAAUGGUGGCUUUGGUCCUUGGAAGGCAAAAAAAUUUAAUGUGGCGUUAAUGGAAAAGAAUCCUUGUUUACAUUUUGGCGACUCCGCUGGGGAGGAACGAUCACAAAAGAAAGCGAGUGAGAGAAUAGCUUUUAUGGAGAAGUCUAAUGCUGUUAUGGAAGAGCGUAUAGUGCAGUUGACUCGAGCACUAAAUGGAAGUAAUGGUAAAAACGCUGAAAUUCCCACUGCUGCCAAUGGUGGAGACCUGUCAGAGGCAAGCAAUGGUGGACGUGGUGCUGAAGGUACUCCCAAAGAAACACAACCACCUCCACCACCCUUUAAUUCGACUCCCAUACUGGUGGAUAAUGAUACUGAGUAUGUUACAAAGGAGGAACUUGAGAAGAUUUUCCAGAAAAAGAAUGUUGCCAGCUCUGAGUUUGACUUGAAGCUCCCAUACUCUAAAAGGGUAGCAACGAAGCCAUACCCUAAGGACUAUGUUAGUCCAAAGUUCAAGCAGUUUGAUGGGAAGUCUGGGGAUGCCAAGGAGCAUGUGAUGAAGUUUGUGGAGACCCUGGGAGUUGCUGGUUUGGAUGAUGAUUUGAAGUUGAAAGAAUUUUCUAAGUCUUUGACAGGGAAGGCUUACACCUGGUAUGUGAAUCUCAUUCCAGGGUCUGUUGAGUCUUGGAGCCACAUGUGCACCCUCUUUGGGGAGAAAUUCUUCUCCACGCAGGAGAGAGUAACGUUGAUUGACUUAGGAAGGGAACAUCAAGGGCGUGGGGAGGAUCUCAUGGACUACAUCCAGCGUUUUAGGGAAAGAGUGUUGGAUAUUCAUGAGCAACAUGAUGAGAAGGAGCUGGUGAAAGUGUGUCUUCAAGGGAUGUUUGAUGAAUACAGGGUUCACCUAGAGAAUUUGAACUUGCAUACGUUUGCUGUGUUAGUAGAAGCUGCGAGAAGGACCAACAAUACGGUGACGAGACAAAGGGAGGCGCAGCAGAGAGAUGACGCACCACCUUUCCCUGUGCCUGUGGAUCGAGUGCGUGCUCUCCUGCAACAAUGGAUAGCAGAUGGGCAAGUUCAUCUGCCCUUUGUGUCACAAAUGCCAACCGCUCAAGAAAAAGCAGAUCCGAAGUACUGUGACUACUAUCGUAGGGGGAGUCAGAAUAACCCUCUACCUGUACAUGGGGGUGAUGUUGCUGCAAUCAUACAUUCAGCCCAUGAUGAGCCGCACACCGAAGAGGAGAAUGAUACGCGUGUCGCCGCUUAUGUGACUGCAACCAUAGCAACUUCAUUGCUAAAGACUCCGAAUGUGAGAAAUUUCUUCGAUCAACUGGGUUUCUCUGAGGAUGCUAGGAAGGAGGCAGCUGAGGCGUUGGUUCAUAUAGCUGAUAAGUACCAUGGUGAGGGUGGUUUUGUAGACUCAAGUAUGAAAAGGAUGAGUCGUGCUUAUAGAAACGCCAUCGUGUUUACUGAGGCAGAUAUGUGUACACCAAACCCCAGUCAUAAUAAACCUCUCUACGUGGAGAGUAUUAUCAAUGGUGUGAAGGUGAGGAGAACUUUUGUUGAUGAUGGAUCAGGAGUGAACCUCAAGCCUCUUUCUACAAUGUAUGCCCUUGAAAUUGAUAUCAAAAGUCUACGCCACCCCAUAACACUUAACUCCUUCAGUAACCAGGAGGUUCGCACCUUGGGGUAUACCACAGUUAAUUUCAAGCUGGGUAAUAUUCAGGAGCAGGCCAUUUUCCAUGUGAUAGAUGCGGAUGUGGCAUAUCACGUUUUGUUGGGAAGGAGAUGGUUGAACAAUCACUACUUGAUCAGUUCCAACAUGCAUCAGUGCAUUAAGGGGUUCUGGCAGGGUAAGGAGGUCUUCAUUCCAGCUACUAAGGCUCCCUUUGAGAAAUAUGAAGUGAGGUAUGCUGAGGCUUCUUUCUUUGAUGAAGUAGCAGAAGAAGGUGAGGGAGUACUCUCUAGACCUGUGGGGCUAAGGUUACCACGUUGGGAGGAGUAUGCCGAAGAGGAUAAGGCAGGUGGUGAGCCUAAUUUCAAGCGUACUAGGAGAGGAGGAAGAAGGAAGCGUGGGCGUACAGGUGGAAAUGAAAUGGUUAAGCAGACUAAGGAGUCUCCUGAGGGAGACGUAAAUUGUAUGCAAGUAGAAAAGGAAGCAGUAGUUGAAGAAGUAGCUCCUACCCCGGAGACGUUCCAAGAUAAGCCUAAGCCACAAGGGGAUGAGUUAGAGGAGAUAAAUUUGGCUAUGGAUGGGGGUACAAGUAAACCAUUAUUUAUAAGCAAAGGCCUUACUGGAGAACGAAGGGAUACACUUAUUGCUCUACUGAAGGAGUAUGAGGAUGUGUUUGCAUGGUCCUAUGAACAAAUGCCUGGUUUAGAUGAAAAUUUGGUUACUCAUGAGUUACAUAUCUCCCCUAGUAGCAAACCAGUAAAGCAGUCUGCAAGGGUUUUCAGACCUGAGAUUGAUGUUCAAAUCAAAGAAGAGAUUGAUAAGUUACUCCGGGUGGGUUUUAUCAAGCCUAUCAAUCAUCCUACUUGGCUUUCAAAUGUGGUGCCAGUAAAGAAGAAGAAUGGGUCAAUCAGGGUGUGUGUGGAUUUUAGGGACUUGAAUAAAGCAUGUCCUAAGGAUGAUUUCCCACUCCCCAACAUAGAUACACUUGUAGAUGCUACAGCAGGUCAUGAGAUGUUCUCAUUUAUGGAUGGCUUUAAUGGGUAUAACCAAAUCAAGAUGUGUAAGGAGGAUGCAGAGAAGACUGCCUUCAGAACACCCAUUGGGAAUUUCUACUAUACUGUGAUGUCGUUUGGGUUGAAGAAUGCAGGUGCAACCUACCAACGAGCGAUGACAGCUAUAUUCCAUGAUAUGAUGCAUGUGUGUAUUGAGGAUUAUGUGGAUGACAUAGUUGUGAAAUCCAAGAGGGUGUCUGAUCAUUUUAGUGAUUUGAGGAGGGUCUUUGAAAGGUGCAGAAAGUAUAAGUUGCGCAUGAAUCCUCUGAAAUGUGCAUUUGGAGUGACAUCGGGGAAGUUCUUAGGGUUCAUGGUGCACAGGAAGGGCAUUGAUGUUGAUCCAGCAAAAGUUACAGCUAUUAGGGAGUUAGCACCCCCUAUUAAUCAGAAGCAGCUGAAGAGUCUGAUGGGGUGUUCCUUUUAUUGGGGUGAACCACAGCAGAAGUCUCUCGAAAGAGUUAAGGAAGUGUUAGACUUCCCCAAUCACCAUGACGCCACCAUAAAAGGUCAGCCUAUGAUGCUUUAUUUAACAUCCACUAAUGAGUCUAUAGGUGGUCUACUUGUACAGGAAGUGGAAGGAGUGGAGCGACCUGUAUACUAUCUGAGCAGGUGUCUCCAUGGGAGUGAACUCAACUACUCACCCAUAGAGAAGCACUGUUUAUCCUUGGUCUUUGCCACACAGAAAUUACAGCACUACCUCCUAGCCCAUAAAGUGACUGUGGUGACUAAGUCAGACCCAAUCAGAUACAUUCUCUCUAGGCCAAUCCUAGCUGGAAGAGCUGCAAAGUGGUUACUUUUGUUGGGGCAAUUUGAUUUAUCUGUAGCGCAACCCAAAGCCAUAAAGUCUCAAGCACUAUCUGACCUAUUGGCAUAUUUUCCUAUACAAUCUGAGGAGGCAGUCACCCUAGACUCCAUGUUAGGAGAUGUAGAGGGUGAGGUGUGUUGUAGCCAGCCGUUGAUGGGAGAAUGGACCUUAUACUUUGAUGGUUCAGCAACUGCUACUGGAGGGGGUGCUGGAGUUGUUUUGGUCCCGCCUGAGGCGGAGCGUGCAUAUGAGGAAGUGGUAUCCAUGGCUUUCAAGUUGGAUUUCCAAUGUACUAAUAAUCAGGCAGAGUAUGAGGCAUUGAUUUUGGGGUUGAAUACAGCUAAAAUUAUUGGAGUAACUGAGUUGUGCAUCAUUGGAGAUUCCAACCUUGUGGUGAAACAAACUAAUGGAGAAUAUGCACUGAAGGAGCCCACACUUGCCCCUUAUCGAGAGCUUACUCGUGUGAUGUACGCAGAUGCUCUUGCCACCUUGGCAUCAAAGAUACACAUACCUGGGCAGAAGGAAGAAAUAUCAUUGCUAGUGCAGAGAUGGUCGGUGCCUGGCCCACUUGCUGGAAUGACAGAGUAUUACUUAGGGGAAGUGUCAAAAGAUGCAGAUUGGCGUACUCCCAUUAUUGAGCAGCUGAGGGAACGCAAGUCUAGUAAUCUCCGUUUCCUCAAAAGUUACACCAUGAUACAAGGGGCGCUUUACUAUAGAGGGCCUAAUGAUGCACAAUAUGCCUGCCCUCGAUGUUCAGAACCUCCGGAUGUUAAUGAUUGUCACUUUGUGGGUAGUGUUGGAGAUUGGCGUAGACCAUACAUAGAGUAUUUACAAAAUGGAGUUCUACCUACUAACCAUCAGGAUGCAAGGAACUUGAAGAGGAAGGUACAGAGGUUCUUUAUGAAGGGGAAUGAGUUAUACAGAACAUCAUUUGGUGGGAGUCCCUUGAAGUGUGUCUCACCAGCUGAUGUUACGUCUCUACUGGAGGAAACACAUGGGGGCACUAAUGGGGCACACGAAGGAGGGUUGAAGUUAUACAAGAAGCUUCUUGAUCUUGGAUACUACUGGCUCACAAUGGAGACGGAUGCCACAAGCCAUGUGAGGAGGUGUCACCUAUCUAAAGGGCACAUAUGGAUUCUCGUUGCGACGGAGUGCUUUACCAAGUGGGUAGAGGCAGUGCCUUUGAAGAAAGCAACAGGACCAGCAGUAGCCAGUUUCAUUAAGGAGAAUGUGGUUUGCAGGUUUGGGAUUCCCAGACGUAUCAUUUCUGAUAAUGGCACCCCCUUUGUGAAUAAAGAUGUGAGAAAGUUAUUGGCUUUAUACGACAUUGACCAUGUCAAAUCUACCCGCUACUAUCCACAAGGCAAUGGGCAAGCAGAGGCCACCAACAAGACGUUAUUGAGGGUGUUGAGCAAGAUGGUUCAUAAGGAUCCUAAGUUGUGGCCCGAUGCAUUGCCAGUAGCAUUAUGGGCAUAUAGAACAUCCAAGAGGAGUCCUACCAACGCUACUCCAUUUUCGUUGGUGUAUGGAACUGAGGUUGUGGUGCCAUCUGAGUUGCUUGUACCUUCUUCCAGACUUGCUAUUGACGCCGGUCUCACCCAUGAUGAGAUGAGGGUAAUGGAGUUGGAAGCACUAGAUGGAAGGAGAGAUAAGGCUAAGAAGCACUUUUUGGUAUACCAACGGCGCAUAAGCAGGGCAUAUGAUAAGAUGUUGCGUAGGAGAAGCUUUAAGCCAGGUGACCAAGUGCUCCGUGCUGCUGAGCACGUAAUGAGAGGUGCUCCUCCACCGCAUAAGUUCAGUGAGAAGUGGGAAGGUCCUUAUAUAGUACAUGAAGUACAUGAUAGUGGUUACUGCACAUUACUCAACCCCAGAAACAACAAUGCUCUCACUACUCCCAUCAACUUCCACUACAUCAAAAAAUAUCAUGCAUGA